CCACUCUACAUCCAAAACUCAGACUCGCUCGUAGUCCACUUCGCCGACUGACCAUUUUGAAUAUAUAUUUAAACACGCACACAGUCACUUCCUAAUUGGUCACCGGAAUCCCCAUUUUCUCCGCUACAGCGCCUACACCAAUGUUGUCCUACACAACCAUCCAAGAGGCGGAAGCUGCCCUGGGACGGCCCCUCACGGCGGCGGAAACCUUAUGGUUCAACUACACCGCCACCAGAUCAGACUACUUCCUCUACUGCCAUAACAUACUUUUCCUCUUUCUCAUUUUCUCCAUUUUCCCCUACUACUAUCUCUUCCUGGAAUUCUUCUUCAGUAACUCAAUUAAGCCUUACAAAAUCCAGCCCAAAGUCAAGCUCUCCUUCUGCGACACCCUCGGCUGCUACAAAUAUGUCAUGCGCAUGUUCUUCCUCGUUGUGGGUCCUCUCCAACUCGUCUCCUAUCCAUCUGUCAAGAUGAUAGGUAUUAGAACGAGCUUGCCAUUACCUUCUAUGUGGGAAAUUGUAGCACAACUGGGGGUGUAUUUUAUCAUAGAGGACUAUACAAACUAUUGGAUCCAUAGAUUUCUGCAUUGCAAGUGGGGAUAUGAGAAGAUUCACCGGGUGCAUCACGAGUACACAGCUCCAGUUGGGUUUGCAGCAACUUACGCGCAUUGGGUGGAGAUUUUGAUCCUCGGGAUUCCCUCAUUUCUUGGGCCCGCCAUCGUCCCAGGGCACAUGAUAACCUUCUGGUUGUGGAUUGGACUGAGGCAAAUUGAGGCUAUUGAGACUCACAGUGGGUACGACUUUCCUUGGACUCCAACAAAAUAUAUUCCAUUUUAUGGUGGUGCAGAUUACCAUGAUUACCAUCAUUAUGUUGGCGGACAAAGCCAGGGUAAUUUUGCUUCAGUAUUCACCUAUUGCGAUUAUAUUUAUGGGACUGACAAGGGAUUCCGCUAUCAAAAGAAGGUCAUCCAGCAGUUGUGGGAGGGACAGAUUUACAAUCAGGAAGAAAACCAAGUUUUGCCCAACAUAACUGCCAAAGAUCAUAAACUUGACUAGUUUUGGGAAGUCAGAACUAUCUUGCAAUGAUGGCAUACUCUCGACUGCUUUUGAUUAGCGACAGCAAGUUAAGCCUUAGGUCUCAAGUCGACCUCAGGUGUAGUCUUCUAGCAAUGUAUGUAGAAAGCUUUUCUUGAUUUGGAAUUGUGGUAUCGUGCAGUCUUGUAUAUUACUUACUGCUACGAGCUUGUGCUUCGUCAAUGUGUUGGUGUGUUCAGACAAGAUCUUUAAAUCAAUCAGAUGGCUUGUGAUUUUGAAUUUUGCAAUA